UAUAUAAGCCUGGUGACUUGUGUCCAUGCUGCUCUGCUUAAAUGCCACAGUGCCACUGUCAAAACACAGAGAGAGGGAGAGAGGGCCGCGACAAUAUGAUGGACCUCUUCGAGACCAACGCUUAUCUUUUCGGCGAUUUGCGCUAUUUGGAGGAGGGGGACCAUGGACCACUGCAGCACCUGGACAUGCCGCUGUACAACGCCGGCGACGGCGCGCUGUCCCCGGGCCACGGGGGCCACGGGGACCACGUCCCGUCCGGGACCGGGGGGGAGAGCAGCGGGGAGGAGGAGGACGAGGACGAGGACGAGGAGGAGGAGGGCGAGGGGGAGGAGGAGGAGGAGCACGUCCUCGCGCCGCCGGGGCUGCUGCGGGCGCACUGCGCGGGCCAGUGCCUCGUGUGGGCCUGCAAGGUCUGCAAGAGGAGGUCGGCGCCCACGGACCGGCGCAAGGCCGCCACGCUGCGCGAGAGGCGGCGGCUGAAGAAGAUCAACGAGGCCUUCGAGGCGCUGAAGCGCAGGACCGUGGCCAACCCCAACCAGCGGCUGCCCAAGGUGGAGAUUUUACGCAGCGCCAUCGGCUACAUCGAGAGGCUGCAGGAGCUGCUGCAGAGCCUGGACGAGCAGGACGGACCCACGAACGCACCCUCCCACGAGUCCAGAGAACACACUGCCGCCGGUCACGGGUAUCACUGGAAGAAGGCGUCCGAGCCCUGGCCGACCUCUGCUGACCAUUCCACCGCGGCGCUGACGACACACCGAGAAGGAACCUCUGGGUCCUCCAGCCUCCUGCGUCUGUCCUCCAUCGUGGACAGCAUCACCCACGACGACAAGAUCAGCUUCGGCAAGGAUUAGCGGCGCCCUCUCGCUCCAGACACGCAUAUUUUAACGUUUGAAGCAAAAAAAGAAUUCCCAUGAAUCGUUUCCACGAUGAAGUCAGCCACUCUGGCUCCGGUCCGUCGCGGAGCAGGAGCGACACAUUUGUACAUAUUUUAUAACAAUGUGAUGUUUAGAUUUAUUUAUUUUGUAUUCAAAGGCAGAGAAACUCUUAUAUAUAAUUUAAAAAAAAAGCUAAAGUUGUAUUUAAAUGAUUGUACAUAACUGACCAUGAAAAUAAAGUACUUUUGCAUCAUA